AUUUAUAAUUGCCGGAGCUUAUUUCAUUUUAGUGAUGACUCCGUAGAGGGUGUGAAAUUUCUAAAUAAUUAAAAAAUCAUGACAGACAAGGAUUACACGAAAGUUCCAACUGAUGAAAAAACAGCACAGCAAGAGGCUGUAUUGCAGUACGGCUAUGGGUACCGGCACGUGCAGGCGCUGCUCAUGGUGCUCAGCCUGACCGUGGGCUACGUGGCGCGAGCACAUCUCGGGGUCACCAUCGUCGCCAUGACCAGCCCCGAGCCCACUCACACAGAAGCAAUGGAAACUAAAGCAAAUAAUACCCUUGUUGACAAUACAACAUUCGUAAAUAACGCAUCGUACAAAUUGUCACAAGAUGAGGGGACAAUGAUUAACGUGUAUGAUUGGCCGAAGUCGACGCAAGAGAUGGUGCUAGGUGCUUUCUUCUUGGGAUACGGCACUAUGAUGUUCCCCACUGGGAUGGUCUGCCAGCGCUGGGGAGGCAAGCUGCCCCUGCAGGUGGCGCUGCUCGUCAACGGCAUUGUUUCGCUACUCACGCCUUGGCUGACAAUCUGGGUCAGUCCUAAAUCCUAUUAAAUUUUGUCGAUUCUUUCAAAAACAG